CUCCCGCUGUCUCCCCUGUCCUCCCGCUGUCCUCUGGAACUCCGGCAGCUGAGCCGCUCACGCGGACACUUCAACCUACGGGGACGGUCCUGUUUGAACGAUGUCGUCUGGACUCUUGGAGCCUCCUGAAGGAGCACAGCUGUGUGUCUUCCUGCUGAGAGAGGAAGGAGAGGAGGAGAGGAGGAGGGAGGUGGGCUGUCAAUGGGAGAGUCCAGAGGAGGAGAAGAGGGAGGUGGGCUGUCAGAGCGACUCCGCAGAGAGGAGAGACGCUGCUGUGCAGGUGGACCUGCUGACUCAGCAGCUCAGCUGGAGACACACAGGCUCGUCUGCGAUGCUGCUGCAGUGUUUUGCUGUCAGACCUGACGGACCGGACGGUGGCGCUCUGCUGCAGCACUGCACCAGCAACCGGACCAGAACCAGAACCAUCCAACCUGCAGGUAAACCCUCCAGGUCCAGGUCCCAGAGGAGACCGCCUCCUCGCAGCUUCACGUCCGCCAAACGAAGUCCAACUCAACGCCGCCAUCGCCGUGUAUCACCUGUUACUGACCUUCAACCGGAGGAGGAGGAGGAGGAGGAGGAGGAGGAGGAGGUGGUGGAGGAGGAGGACACAGGCGAUCCCACCUGGACUCCACCUGAGGGAGACUCGCCUGCUUCUCCCUCGGCUCUCGAGGACAUCCAGCUGGACUCAGAGUCCCAGCAUGCACCUCUUCGCACGGUGAAGCUGGAGCCCGGCAGCACCAUGUGUGACGUUUGUGGUAAAGUGAUGAAGAACAAGUCGAGUCUGGCCCGACAUUCCUUCAUUCACACGGGGAAGAAGCCGUUCGCCUGCCACCUGUGUGACCUGCGCUUUAACCGCCGCGACAACCUGCAGCACCACCUGAGCCGGCUGCACCCCAACGGCGUCACCAAGCUGGAGAGGCAGCGCGAGGUGCAGGCGUGGCUGUGCGCCGUCUGCGGCAAAACCUUCAGCUGCAGGUCCCGCCUGAAAACGCACGAGGUCAUCCACUCGGGCAUGAAGCCUCACCGCUGCGACCUCUGCCCCAAAGCCUACAUGAGGACCAAUGACCUCGAGCACCACAAGAAGAUCGUCCACGUGGACGGCGCCGCCGAGCCUCAGCGGUCGGGCUCGCUGCUCUGUGACUUCUGUGGCAAAGAGUUUAAAUGCAAGUCGCAGCUGACGGUCCACUUCCAGACGCACACCGGAGAGCGGCCGCACCUCUGUGACAUCUGCGGCCGCAAGUUUGGCCGUCAGUACCAGCUCAAACGCCACAAGAUCUUGGUCCACACCAACCGAGUGAACGGCGAGGAGAGCCCGUCACCUGACGCACCGUUCGCCUGUGGCAUCUGCGGGAAGCGACUGAAAUCUGAAGCGCUCCUCGCUGCCCACUCUCGCAUCCACUCGGGCGACAAGCCUCACCGCUGCGGCAUAUGUCUGCGCAGCUUCCAGCGCCCCGCCUGCCUGAAGCAGCACCACAUACGUGUUCAUCUGAGGGCCAAAGUAAACGAAGCGCCGCACGCCAUCGGACACAGGAAGAGCUCAGCAGCGACGAAGGUGUUCCCGUGUCCGAUCUGCAGCAAGGUUUUCAAAUUCAAGUCACUGCUCGCGAGUCACUCUCUGAUCCACAGCGAGGUUCGACCGUACGGCUGCGACUUCUGCAGCCGCACCUUCAGACGCCUCAGCCACCUGAAGAGACACCGCCAGGUCGUCCACGCCGACGGUGAGCGGCCGCCGCAGAGCUUCGUCUGCCACAUCUGCGGCAAGGACAAGAAGUGCCGCUCGCAGCUCGCCAGACAUGUCAUCAUCCACACCGGGGAGCGGCCGUUCGCCUGCGAUCUCUGCACGGCCCGCUUCAACCGCAGUGGAAACCUGCAGCAGCACAGGAAGCGCAUGCAUGGCGUGGGGGUGGUGCCCACUGAGGAGGCCCCUCCCAUCCUGUUUGAUGAUGACAUGACACCUGCUCUGACCUACAAACAGGAAGAGACUGUGGUGGCCGUCGACGCCGCGGCUGAUGUCUGCGAGGUCAUGGCGGGCGACGACAUGGACGGCGCUCAGCAGCUGACCGCGCUGAACUGAGCACGCUCAGAACAUCCUGCUUCAUUUCUCUGAACCCCGCUGAGCCUUCUUCUGAUUGGCUCACACACUGAGUUUCUGCUCUGAUGCUUCAAUAAAACUAAAUGACAUCAUCAGUUCUGGAGCUUUCAGUUGAGUCACAUGAAUCUCCUCCUCUACCUCCUGUGUGUGUGUGUGUGUGUGUGUGUGUGUGUGUGUGUGUGUCUGUCUCACGCCUUUCCUCAACAUGUCUGACAUCCAGGUCAAAGAGUGUUCAGCUUUUCUGCUGAAAUAGAACAGAACAGAAAGCUGCAUCAUGUUUCAUCACAGUCUGACGUGACUGAACAGAAAUAUGAACGCACACUCAAAGAUCUGAAACAUUUUCUAUAAACACAAAAAACAUUUCUCCCAAGUAUUGUUCACAAAUCUGUAAAUCUGUGACAGUGAGCACUUCUCCUUUGCCGAGAUAAUCCAUCCCACCUCACAGGUGUGGCACAGCAUGAUUAUUGCACAGGUGUGCCUGAGGCUGGCCACAAUAAACAGAACUCUGAAAUGUCACAGGUGAUGUUUUGAGGGAGCGUGCAGUUGGCAUGCUGACAGCAGGAAUGUCCACCAGAGCUGUUGCCCGUGAUUGAAUGUUAGUUCUCUACCAUAAGCCGUCUCCAAAGGCGUUUCAGAGAAUUUAGCCUCACCACCACAGACCACGUGUACCUCCGCAUCCAGCAUGUUCACCUCCAAGAUCAUCUAAGACCAGCUACUCAGACAGCUGCUGCAACAAUCGGUUUGCAUAACCAAAGAAUUUCUGUACAACCUGUCCAUAACCGUCUGAGGGAAGCUCACCUGCAUGCUCGUCGUCCUCAUUGGGGUCUCGACCUGACUCCAGUUUGUCGUCGUA